CAUCAGCAGCUAUGAGCUUACUCUCGACAACUUUGGCUUUCGCAGCCUUCACUGGCGUGAUAGCCGGCAACAAUACAGAGUUAAAGGUCCGUGUUGUCACUUGGAACGUUAAUAGCAACUUUUUACCGGCAAAUUUCACAGACUUACUCGGCGUGGCUAGAAUGGUACAAACCGAAGGGCCUGAGAUGAUUGUGGUCGGACUACAAAAUUUAGGAGUAUUGGCUAGUGAAAAGGACAACGAAUGGAUCGAAGCCUUGAAGGUCCAUGUAAACGAAAAAUCCUAUUAUCCGAUCGAAGCCAGUAUACGUAAGGGCAAUGGAUUUGUGAUCUUCCUCAAGGUUAGCAUAUAUUCAAACCUUGAAUUAUCAGUGAACUCGCGAGGUGUGAAUUUGAAAUGGCUUUCCAAAGACGGCGCGAUCAUCACGAAUUUCAAAUAUUUGGGAAAACAAUUCACUUUCGUGGGUUUGCAGCUCGACAAAAAAGUCGAUGAAAAAAAGAGGGUGGAGGAAUACGAAGAUGUCAAAAAGAAUAUAAAGGAGAACUACGAUCGAGAUAGUGAUUUCGUGUUUUGGCUCGGAAAUUUGAACUUCAAGAUCGAGCUAAAUCAAACUAAGGCCAAGGAGUAUAUCGAGAAGAAGGAUUGGACUACGCUUCUAACUUACGAUCAGCUCAAGAAAACUCAAAAGGAGAAAAAGGCGUUUGAAGAGUUAACGGAGCAGAAUAUCAAUUUCGGACCAACGUUCAAGUUCAAACCGGCCACUGACAAGUAUAAUUGGGAAGAAACACCUUCCUGGGCAGACAGGAUCUUGUUCCGUUCGAAGAAAAACAAUGCAAUCACACCCGUUAAGUACGAAAGUAUCGAGAAGUACAAAGAGAGCGACCACAAACCGGUCGUGGGUGAAUUUAUCUUGAAAUUGACUUGAAAUUCUUUUUGUGUUCUAUUUCAUGGCCAGUCCAAAAGAAAGUAAAUGUAUAUAAUAUUUGAUCA